CGUGAAUUUGAUGACCUCUCAUUAGAGCAGCAACUCUCUGCUGUUCGUACUGCAAAACUUUUCGCUCGUGUGGAACCCGCUCAUAAAAGCAAGAUUGUCGAGUUUCUUCAGGCUGCUGGUGAGAUAUCUGCGAUGACUGGGGACGGCGUUAACGAUGCUCCUGCUUUAAAGAAAGCAGAAAUUGGUAUUGCAAUGGGUAGUGGUACUGCCGUCGCGAAAUCAGCUUCUGAUAUGGUUCUCGCUGAUGACAAUUUUAGUACUAUUGUGGCCGCUGUUGAAGAAGGAAGAGCUAUUUACAAUAAUAUGAAACAGUUUAUUCGUUAUCUCAUCUCUUCUAAUAUCGGUGAAGGUAAUUCCUUUUUAUUUGCAUAUGAAUUUGCUAAAUAUUUCAUUACACAUCUUUAG